UAACAAAAAGGCCAAAAAAAAAAAAAAGGCGCCUUGCGAGUGAGCCCUUCCCUUCCUCACACUCAAUUUCCACUGCGAAGGCUUCUUCAUUCUUCUUCUUCUUCAUUCUGCUCCCAAUGGCUCCUCCGAAGGUUCUCAUGGUAGCCGAGAAGCCGAGCAUAGCUGCCUCCAUAGCCUCCGCGUUCUCACGAGACCAAUUAUCUACUCGAAGGGGUGCUACAACGGAUGUCCAUGAAUUUAAUGGGAUGUUUCUUGGAUUUCAUGCACAAUACAAAGUAACCUCGGUCAUUGGACAUGUCUUCAGUGUAGAUUUUCCAGCAGCAUAUCAAGAUCGGGCUGCCACGGAUCCUUUGGAUCUCUUCCAAGCUCAAGUUAUUAAAACAGAGGCAAAUCCAAAGGCUCAUGUUCAAAGGCACUUAAGCCAAGAAGCAAGGGGAUGUGCUCAUUUAGUAUUAUGGUUAGAUUGUGAUCGUGAAGGAGAAAAUAUAUGCUUUGAAGUUAUUGAAUGCACUGGCUUCAAUAUAGACAUGGAAAGAAGAAGAAGGAUUCAUCGUGCACGGUUUUCAUCUGUUACUGAGAAAGACAUCCUAAAGGCUAUGGACAACCUAGUUGGGCCCAACAGAAAUGAGGCGUUGGCUGUAGACGCUCGUCAGGAGAUAGAUUUGAAAGUGGGAGUUGCAUUUACACGCUUUCAGACGAAUUAUUUCCAAGGAAAAUAUGGGAACCUUGAUGCUAGAGUUAUUUCAUACGGGCCCUGCCAAACUCCAACACUCGGUUUCUGUGUACAAAGGUAUUUGCAAAUUACUACUUUUAAGCCAGAAAAAUUUUGGACCCUGCAUCCUUACCUAUAUCUAAAUGGUCACGAGGUUAAGCUCGAAUGGGAACGUCAAAAGCUAUUUGACCCCGAUGUGGCAGUGAUGUUUCAAAAUCUGGUUAUAGAUGAUGGAAUUUUAGAAGUCACUGAUAUAUCUGAAAAGCAGGAGACUAAAGGUCGUCCUCUCGGUCUUAAUACAGUGAAUCUUUUAAAGGUUGCAUCAAGUGCCUUGGGUUUGGGACCUCAAUUGGCCAUGCAACUAGCUGAACGUUUGUAUACGCAAGGCUUCAUCAGCUAUCCACGCACAGAGAGUACAGCCUAUCCUUCUUCAUUUGACUUCAGAGGUACUCUUGCUGCACUUGUGAACAACCCAACAAGUGGCAAUUAUGUGGAGAAACUGCUCGCUGAAGGUUUUCACAAGCCACGAGGAGGAGUAGAUGUGGGAGAUCAUCCUCCUGUUACCCCUAUCAAUUCUGCAACAGAGGAUAUGCUUGGAAACGAUGCCUGGAGACUUUAUCAGUAUGUUUGCCAACACUUUUUGGGUAGUGUGUCCCCUGACUGCAAGUAUGUUAGGACAAAGGUAGAAUUUACAAUUGGUGGUGAAUCGUUCCAUUGUGUAGGACUGCGUGUUACUGCCAAAGGAUUCACAUCCAUUAUGCCAUGGCUGGCUGUGAGCGAGAAAACUCUGCCACAGUUUACCAAAGGGGAGAAGCUGGAAGUUUCGAAAGUGGAGCUUUAUGAGGGCUGCACCAGUGCUCCGGAUUAUCUUAGUGAAAGUGAGCUGAUUUCCCUGAUGGAGAAGAAUGGAAUAGGCACAGAUGCCUCAAUCUCAGUUCAUAUCAACAACAUUUGCGAGCGGAACUAUGUUCAGGUGCAGCCAGGACGGAAGCUGGUUCCAACUGCCCUAGGUAUCAGCUUAAUAAGAGGAUAUCAGUGUAUUGAUCCCGACCUGUGUUUGCCUGACAUUCGCAGCUUCAUCGAGCAACAGAUUACUUUGGUUGCAAAGGGUCAAGUGGAGCAUUCUCAAGUUGUACGACAUGUGCUACAGCAGUUCAAACAGAAAUUCAUUUAUUUUGUCAAGCAGAUAGGGAGCAUGGAUACAUUGUUUGAAGCACAAUUUUCUUCCCUUGCUGAUUCGGGCCGUCCCUUGAGCAAAUGUGGCAAGUGCCUCAGAUACAUGAAGUACAUCUCUACCAAACCACCGCGAUUGUAUUGUAAUACUUGUGAGGAAGUGUACGAUCUACCUCAGAAAGGAGCCAUCAAGCUGUACAAGGAGCUUCCGUGUCCUCUCGACAACUUUGAACUUUUGCUCUUAUCCAUGCCCGGCCCAGAAGGCAAGUCCUUCCCUCUCUGCCCAUACUGCUACAACAGCCCCCCGUUUGAAGGCGUGGAUAGACUCUUUGGCUCCACUAAAGCCCACAGUAAUCCCCAGAAAGGAUCGGGGAUGCCCUGUUUCCUCUGCCCUCACCCCACGUGCCGGCACUCGCUUAUAUCCCAAGGAGUCUGUGCCUGCCCUGAGUGUAGCGGGACCCUUGUGCUGGACCCAGUCAGUGCCCCGAACUGGAAGCUCUUCUGCAACAUGUGCAACUGCCUCGUCUUCCUACCUCAGGGGGCCCACCGGAUCUCAACAACUCACGAACGGUGUCCUGAUUGCGAUUCUACAAUAAUGGAAGUGGACUUCAACAAGAAGACGACUCCUUUGGCAGAUGGAGCCACUCUUCAUGUGGGAUGCAUUCUGUGCGACGAGUUGCUUCACUCGCUUGUGAUGGUGAAGCACGGGAGGAUGUUCUCGAGACGCGGAAGGGGGAGAGGCUCAGGAAGGGGAAGGGGUGCCAGGAAGAUGGUUGAUCCAAAAAUGAGUUUUCGAGAUUUCUGAAAUUAGGUAGAUAUACUGUCAUGUUCAUGUCCAUGCGAUUGGGAUUCUGUAUCGAGUUUGGGGUUGUUCCAAGGAUGAGAUUUCAAGGUUUCCGAAAUUACAUAUACUGUUGUGUUCAUGGGAUCGGAUAUUUGUAUGAGUUUGGCUUUUGGUAUGGCGUUACUAAGGUGCUCGCAGAACGUGACUGGAAUUUUAGUGGUUACUUUUCAAAAUC